GAGCGACAGACGCGCAGUGAACUGCAAGACGCCGUGCGCUCUUUGCGGCACAUGCAGGAAAGACUUGGAGGGGGACUGAUGUAGAUGUAAGGGUACGCGGUAUCGAGAUCAAACGAGUAGCUCCUGAAAAACAAUAACAAAUGUAGAUAGAAUAAACAGUUGCACGUCGAUCCCCAAUGCCUUCAUCAAGAUUGAAAAUUUUCAUCGAGCUUGGGUUUAUCAUUUCUAUUAUUAGAGUAAGGCAUGCAAUAACGGGUUUCGAGUUGCCACGGGUUGCUCGACUUGCCGAAGCGAAGAGCUCCAAUACUGGAACGGGUUGCCAGAAGAAGCUAGCCGCGUCGAAAUGGUAGCGAAGCAGGGCGGGGCGGGCGCAAAAGUACGCACUCGGAAAGCGGGGCGCUCUCUUUGGGAGCUCCUUCGCAAAAGAAGGCUGGGGCGGCGCUGCUUCUUUGCGUUUGGGGUCGACGGUGGCGCGCCCCUCCCCACGCGGUCUCGGUGGUCGGGAGCAAGUGCCUCGCCCCCCUGUGCUUGUGGUUUGGUUCGUUGGGGAAUCGUGUCAAGCUGGGCUUGGGUUUUCGUUCCUCGACGUUGCGGCGGGAGGGGUCCCCGCCAAGGAAGGUGGGCGCGUAGCUGGCUUGCGGCCGAAGGGUGCCCGUGUGAAAUUGAGAAACAGGCGGCGGGGGCUGUUUGGGCGAAUCGCGGCGCCUGCGGUUUUCCUUUGGUCGGCAGGUGGGUGGGCCGGUGUAAAGUGCUUCACCGUCUCGCCAAGGCUGCGCCCGCAGGGCGCAGCGGAAGAAAUUGCAUGGAGCAGAGACACGGUUCGCAGCGUCGUGCGCUCCUGUUAAGGUGUCCCGAAGUGUCACGAAGCUGCGCCCGAAGGGCGCCGCGCAAAAAAUUAGGGUGGGCAACUCGAGCAAGCCGAGAAACUCGACCCGAUACGGGUCAAAAAAAGCCUUAUAUAUACAUUUAUUCUCUCUUCCAGUCACUAAGUAGUUGCACUAUACUACCAAGUCGAUGGGAGGACAGGGUAAGAGAAGACGCGUUGUCAUAAAAAAGCCAUGAUUGAAAUACGAUUCGCGAAAUCGAGAGCACAGCACUUGAUAAUCAACUUAGUUACAAUCUUUCAGCACAGAUUUGUCAUUGUCUUGUGCCUUACGGAUGAUUACGAUUCCCACACUUCAGAUUAAGUCAUUUGAUUUCAUCUAGCUUGACAAAAAGCUAAGCGCGCUUGCUUGCUAAGAAAAAUCGAACCAUUGUAGCAUGAUUGCGGUCAUCUUCAGCUCAUCUACUUCAAAUUUUUUCGUGCUUGAACUCAAUGUACAUUUGUCCCCACUGCUUUCGCUGCUCGAUACUUUACAUGUGGAAAUGUGCUGACUCCGGUUCCACCAAACCAUUUUUUCAUUACUUACCACCUGAUUGCUCCAAAUCCGCAGCCACACGCCGGCAGUAGAAGUUUGCUUCAACAGCGACGUAAGUAGUUGAAAAGAAAAUCCAUGAGGCAUGAUGAUACUACCGUC